AUGUAUACAACUCCUCCUUUCUCGCAUAAUUAUUCAAACCCAGUGCUUAUGAAGGAUGACGUUGGAAAACCAAAACCAUCUACUUACAAUUUGCCAAAAUAAGAUUAUGUUUACGGCCUUCCACUUAUAAGAGACAAAGAAGGUGCCAAAGAAGUAACUAUGACCUGGAAAUUUCAUCAAGAAUCUUAGGAUAGAAUUCCUAAUCGUGAUUUUGCUGAACUCAAUAAGAUGUCUGUUUUCAAUGGAUCUCUUACAGCUCAUGAUAUGUAUAAAUACAGAUAAACUCAUGAUGCUCGUUUACAAGUUAAAAAAGGCACUAACAUUUAAGCUAUUGAAUUACCAGAAGAGGAGUUUAGAUACGGAAGAAAAAACAGACCAUCCACUCCCAUGAAGUUAGUGAUGGGUAAUUCUUAUGGAAUAGAAGCUGCAUCAAUUACCUUGGACAAAUAUUACAAAAGAGCUGGCUCAUAAGAAUCCAAAAUGACUAACACAAUUGUCAGACCAAAUAAGGCAUCAUAAUUAUUUCAUGAAAGCAAUCACAAAAAACUUGCAGUGAUAAAAGGCACUGAGAAAAAAGAGCCAUUUAAAAUGGAAAAAUUUAAGACAGUAGCAGCUAGAACAGAUACAAACCUCAUAACAAAGAAAGAGUGA